GCUUGUGCCUGCCACACUCUUCACUUCCCUCCCUCCCUCUCCAAUCUCCAUACAAUUUCCCUUUUCCUUCUACAAUCUUCUUUCUUCCUCACAUCCCAUAUGGCCAUAAUCAAUGAGACUAAACUCUCCAUCUCCAACACAGAAAUUGAAGAACUAAACAUUGAAGAAAUCGAUUACUCAAACAGAGCCCAAUGGCUCAGAGCAGCAGUGCUUGGAGCCAACGAUGGACUGGUUUCCAUUGCUUCUCUCAUGAUAGGAAUUGGUGCCGUCAAAGAAGAUCCAAAGGCCAUGAUCUUAUCAGGUUUUGCAGGCUUAGUUGCUGGAGCUUGUAGCAUGGCAAUAGGAGAAUUUGUCUCUGUACACUCUCAGCUUGAUAUUGAACUUGCCCAGCUAAAGAGGGAGAGCAAGGUUGAAGGUUUAGCUGAUCAGCAAAGCUUGCCAAAUCCAGUUCAGGCAGCAAUGGCUUCUGCCAUGGCUUUCUCUAUGGGAGCUGCUGUGCCUUUAUUAGCAGCUGGGUUUAUAAGUAGUUAUAAGGUGAGAAUCGCGGUGGUGGCGGCAGCUGCUAGUUUGGCCUUGGCAGUAUUUGGCUGUAUUGGAGCUUUGCUUGGAAGAGCUCCAAUAGUUAGGUCAGGGUUUAGGGUUUUGAUUGGAGGGUGGGUUGCCAUGGCUGUGACCUUUGGUCUCAUGAAACUAUUCAGAUCUGGUAGACUUUGAAGUAACUGGUUAAGAAUGGUGUUUGCAUGUCCUCUACUUUUACCAUGAAGGGUCUUUGAUAUUUGUUUCUGAUAUUAUGCCAAGAAAAACAAAUA